AUGGGUAGAUUGAGGUUAUCGCCCCACCGUCAUGAAUGUGACCGUAACGAUGUAAAACCUCUUGAUGCGUAUCCUAGUAAGAAGCCGGUUGGUGUAACAGAUAAGAUGGCUUUUCUAAGUAUGGAAAAGAAAGAAAAAGGUGAAAAGUGUAGGCAUCAAGAUGGAUCCGAAGUGUGUGAUGAUAAAAGCCUCUUAGCUGCUCGAAAAGCCUGGAACGGUUAUUUGGAUUCGAGUAAUCAGAGGUUAAUGAGUUCAGCAAAUAUGAAUAAGGCCCAGGCAGGAUUGACUGAACGGAAUAAAGCUUAUUUUCGGAACCCUUCAGUUAGGGUAAAUUAUAUAACUGGACCUAGAGUAGAUUCUAGGAUAAGUGAUGGUGGUACAGUAACGGCUAAGAAGCCUAGGAGACAUGAUGCUACUAUUACUAAGAAGCCUAAACCUCAUGCUCUUUCGGAUGCUACGACUAGCCAUGGAAAUAGUAGCCAUCAGAACCUUAGUAGUGACAGUGAUAAUAAGGAGAUAGAAGGUGUCAGCAGUCCACUUAUAGUGACUAGUCUAUCAACUUCAUCGAAUGAGCCUCCUAGUGUUUCGACGUCAUCGGACCUCGUCACGAAGGCUAAUUUGAUUGAAGAUGCACAAGGUUUUGCAACUGUAACUGUUCAUAUUCCGGUUGACUGUCAGUCGAGUGAUGAAGAGAAGAAAGUGUUUGAUGGUAACGGCCAGUCUACAGUGUUGUGUGAUGACGAUGCUAUUGAUGAGCAUACGUCUUGUGUCUCUGAAACGGAUGCUAAUGCACACCGAAUUGACGCGACUUGUCUGACAGAACGGAAUCAUUUAGACGUUGAUAAUAAACUGGAUGUCACUGAUGUGACAAAUGAGUUACUGACGAUGACGAAUACUGAUCAAACCUCCUCUGUAUCGGGAGAUGGAUGGAUAAAUAUUGAUCCCACGUCAUGCUACUUAAAGUCUUCUGGAGACGAUGAAAUGUCAAAAUUGCAGAUCCCACCCUUGCAUAUUAUCUAUGGGUCAAGAAUUUCUGUUGAUAAUCCCGGGUCCCGACCAAGUCAAAAAGGACAAAAUUCUACGAGAAAACGUCUCUGUAUUUAG